UAAUGUUAGUGACCAUGAAAGUUUUAAACAAUAAACCUCAUGCUGGUUGUACUCACUCGCUUAAUACACCUCGAGACAGGCCGAGACCGUGUGUUAACAUGGUCGCUCGUCGUCUCGAUCGCUCGAGCAUCGUCUCGUGGGUCUCAGCUUGUCGGUUUAGUGUACUCAGUCAGCGGAUCUCGCAAGACAAUUGAGAGCAUGAAUGUACGUACACUCUCGCCGAAUACCUCCUCGGGCAAAAAUCGACGAGAGGCUCUCGGCGAGUGUGUACAACCGCUAUCAGAGAAGUAAGAAUGCUGGGUUUGCAGGUAGACGUCCGCUAGUGUCUUGGAAGUGGAUUGUCCUAUGGUCCCUCUGGGCUGCAGAGCUGGUGCAUCAGUUCACGCCGAAGGUGCGAGUGACCGGUGGCUGGCUGCGAGGCACGAUUUCGCCGCUGGGCACUCACAUACAAUACUUGGGCGUGCCGUAUGCCAGCGUCCCGAAUAGGUUCCAGGCUCCAGGCCCCGUGAAGUCCUGGGAAGGUACUUUACUCGCGAUUGACGAAAACAUCAGAUGCGUGCAGAGAUUUUCAAUGGCCAUCAUAGGACGAGAGGAUUGCCUCACCAUAAACAUCUAUACACCUCCGACUACCUCCAUGGAACUACGACCAGUCAUGGUAUUCAUACAUGGUGGCGGCUUCCGAGAUGGAUCCGGCUCUCCAUUCAUCUACGGGCCACAAUAUUUAGUCAAAAGAGACGUUAUCCUUGUCACAUUCAACUAUAGGGUGGAGCUAUUAGGUUACCUCUGUCUCGGAAUCAAGGAAGCCCCUGGAAACGCCGGCCUCAAAGACCAAGUCGCCGCUCUGAAGUGGGUCAAGGAAAACAUCAAAGCUUUCGGCGGUGACCCUGACAAUGUCACGAUAUUUGGCGAAAGUGCUGGCUCUGCUUCGGUGUUGUACCAUCUCAUGUCGCCGAUGUCGAAAGGACUUUUCCGAAGAGGAAUAAUGCAGAGUGGCACACCUCUUUCUUCCUGGAGCUUCCAAUUCGAACCUUUGCAAACGGCAAGCCUAUUAGCUAAAUCAAUGGGCUACGAUACGAUGGAUCCCUAUGAAAUAUACAGAAUAUUUAUCAAUAACACAGCUGAUGAGUUAAUGUCUACUCGAGUCCCAAGGAACGAAGGAGAUGUCAUAUCAUCGGAGAAUAUCUUCGUACCUUGCAAGGAGAAUAUUAUAUCUGGCGAAGAGUCGUUCCUUACUGAUACACCCUAUAACAUAUUAAUCAACGGCAUGUAUAAAAAGAUGCCGUUGAUAAUAGGCCACAACAAUGCCGAAGGAUAUUGGUUUGCCGGCAAAGAAAACGAUACAGUCAUAAAAAAAAUAAGUUUUUAUGGAUCGACACCUAGAGAUCUUCUAUUUCCCAGUGACGAAGAAAAGGUUGAGAAUGCAAAAAAGAUGAGACAGCUUUAUAUGGGCAACGACGAAAUAAGUAAGAAGACUAUGCCGAAGUUCUCCUUCUAUGAAGGGGAUGCGGCUGUCGUUUAUCCUACGGUAGUAACGACGCAUUUAUUGACGCAGACAUCGGAUGAACCAAUAUAUUCAUACAAGUUCUCAUAUGAUGGCUCUAUGAAUUUUGGGAAACUUCUUUCCGGUUUUGUGAAUGAGCCAGGCGCGACCCAUGCUGAUGAGCUCUUUUACAUGUUCAAUGUCAAGAUCCCUGUAGUUAUCCAAGAGCUCAUAGAGAGCGAUAUAAUUAAAAAAGUUACUACAAUGUGGACUAACUUUGCGAAAUAUGGGGACCCCACGCCGCAAACUACCUCGUUGCUGCCUAUCAAAUGGCGGCCCAUAGAUAAGGAAGACCCGCAGCGUUUGGUCAUAGACAAAGAGCUCAAAACAGCGCCAUUGUGGGACGACGAAAGGAUUCUAUACUGGAACGACAUUUACGCUAAAUAUAGGAGGACUGUUUAAGAUUUUAUGUUAAGAAAAAUACAAAGAAAGCUUACAAUUUUAUGUCGUAUUUUUUAAUUGUUUGAGU